ACUUGUAACCAGAGGCGAGGUUUAGGGUUUGGGGAACAAGUCCAGGAAGCUGCGUCCACUGAUAAGACAGAAAACUUAUGUAGUUUAAAAUAAAUUUUUACGUAUUUCUCACUAAGAGUUGCGUUCAGAAUUGGACAGCUUCAGUUUGGUGUGCGAGUAUCUGCCUGUUGGUCCCUACUAGGACUAUACUGUAUGGUGUGCGGCUGUACACACCAUAACUCCUGGAUAUGGCAGAUCUCAAGAUUCUGCUGCUCUGGGCUGGGAUCAUCAGUUUAGCCAGCUGUCAGAGUUCAGGUCCAUCAAAUGACAAUAUUUCAACUCCCUUACCUCCACGCACUGCCACAAAUUCCAAUUUACCUCCAGGAACUGGUUUAUCUGUCACCACCUCAACUCCACGCACCAUGACAGUCGCCACUGUCAUGCCUUCAGACAGGCCAACAACUCCACGCACCAUGACAGUCGCCACUGUCAUGCCUUCAGACAGGCCAACAACUCCACGCACCAUGACAGUCGCCACUGUCAAGCCUUCAGACACCCAAAAAACUACCCACAAACUUCCACUCACUUCGCCAUCAAACUCCCCAAUUACAGCACUCAGUUCAACUACCAUAUCUGCCACUCCUGCAAGCACCCCACCCUCAAACGCAAUCAGCAAUCAACAAGACUCUCAGACAAACACCUCUCAAAACCAGACUCAACCUCCAAUCACCACACCCACUACCACAAUGAGCCUCACUACCAACGCCUCAACACAAGGUCCCUCAUCUGGAAAGUGUUCUUACACUGUCACACCCAUAAAGACUGGCUUCGGGAUUAAGAUGAUAAACUUUACUGAUGGCAACUACAUCAUAAAGUAUAACGAAAAGGGACAAAGCAAAUCAACCCGGCAGAACUUCAGUGAAAGCUCUUAUGAGAUUAAACACCUGAAGCCGUGCACUGAAUAUGAGCUUAGUGUUGCGUUUAUUAACACUACUAACAACGAGGCGUCUUGUAUUAGUAGCGCUGAGAGUAAAAAUAGGACAACUGGAAUAAGUAAAGAUGACAUUACAGAAGUUGACUGCAUGCGUGGAUAUGUUUGUUACCAGAGUGAUUGGGACAUCAGCUCUUCCCUGUCAAUAUCUAAUAAUAUCUCAGCUGAACCUUGUAAAAGUGACAAGAAGAAAGUCUGCUUUAAACCUGGUUACAACGACAUUUGCACGACUUUGACUGCAACCUUCACUUCAGAAAACUGUACUGAUCCAUUUAGCGUCUCCAGUAAAAUCACUGUUGCAAAGUUUUUAAAUCCAAGCGAAAUACCUCAGACAGCUCCAACUGGACUUCCUUCAAAAAUACAAAGACAAUUACCGCCAAAGUGCAGCAAUCUCACUAUUGAUUACACCUGUCGGGCUGAACUCAGUAACACCAAGAAUGACACCAAGCUGGAGCCCUUCACAAAAUACAACUGUACGGGUCAGAUCAAGAAAAACGAUGUCCUCAUUAAUCUCAACACCAGUAUCGAGGUCGAGAUUGUCUGUGAUUUUGAAAUAAAUAUCAUCAACGCAACUCCAACCAACACCUCCAUUAAUCUGACAUGGACCAACAGCAGCAAGAACUGUCCAGGUCUUUCUGAACUUCCACAGUUUUCAUAUGACUGCAGUUGUUCCCCCGAAGACAAAUCCACACACAAACGCGCUGGUUCAGCUACCAGUACUCCAACAGGAGGAAGCUGUCACAUUGAAGGACUGAAACCGUACAUCGACUAUACUUGUGAAGUCCAACCAAAAUACAACAACAAGAACGUUGGCUCACACAAUCCAGUUACACAAAAGACUGAACCUGGAAAACCAGAUGAUGUUACUAAUCUGAAAGGGAUUAUUAUAGACAAUAAUGUCAUUAGAGUAACCUGUACUCAAAAAGAGUUUAAUGGACCUGACGGGAAAAUCGAAGCAAGCCUUUAUUAUAAUGGUAAACCUCAGGAGAAUAAGCCUGAAAAACCAGACCCAUGCACUUUUGAAUUUAAAGACCUGAGCUACUUAACAACAUAUGAAGUGGAGGUGAUUGCUUACAACGGACAUUUUAUCAGCAACCCGAAGAGAAUAACUGUUGUCACUUCAUAUAAUGACAAAGCUCUCAUUGGGUUUCUGGUCUUCCUCAUCAUCCUCACGUCUGUCGCUCUGGUUUUGGUCAUCUACAAGAUUUACGUUCUGAAGCGCAGGAAUUCCCAUAACCAUGGUGAAGACAUAAUGCUUAUAACAAAAGAUGAUGAGGAGAACCUGAUGUUUGUCGAGCCGAUUGCAGCAGAGGAGCUGCUGGAAGCCUACAAGAGGAAGCUCGCAGAUGAGGGAAGACUUUUCCUGGCUGAGUUUCAGAGCAUCCCCAGAAUCUUCUCAAGGUUCACUGUCAAAGAGGCCAAAAAGCCCUGCAAUGCCCCCAAGAACCGCUAUGUGGACAUCCUGCCAUAUGAUCAUAACCGUGUCCAGCUGACCACUGGGAACGGAGAGGCAGGAUGUGACUACAUCAAUGCAAGCUUCAUUGAUGGGUACAAGGAAUCCAAAAAGUACAUUGCAGCUCAAGGGCCUAAGGAUGAGACUGUGAGUGACUUCUGGAGGAUGGUCUGGGAGCAGCAGUCCUCUAUCAUCGUCAUGGUAACGCGCUGUGAAGAGGGAAACAGGGCAAAGUGUGCCCAGUACUGGCCGUCUCCAGAACGAGAGACAGAGAUCUUUGAGGAGUUUAUAGUGAAGCUGAGCUCAGAGGACUGCUGUCCAGAUUACACCAUCCGCCACCUCAGCCUAACUAAUAAGAGGGAGAAGAACUCAGAGAGGGAGGUGACCCACAUCCAGUUCAUGAGUUGGCCAGACCACGGUGUCCCUGGGGAGCCUCAUCUCCUCCUGAAGCUGAGGCGGCGUGUGAAUGCCUUCAAGAAUUUCUUCAGCGGCCCCAUCGUCAUUCACUGCAGUGCGGGAGUCGGCAGGACAGGCACCUACAUUGGCAUCGAUGCCAUGAUGGAAGGCCUGGAGGCGGAGGGCAGAGUGGACAUCUACGGUUACGUAGUCAGGCUCCGCAGACAGAGGUGUCUCAUGGUUCAAGUAGAGGCGCAGUACAUCCUGAUUCACCAGGCACUGCUGGAGCACAAUCAGUUCGGAGAAACUGAGGUCAUGCUGUCUGAGCUCCACAGCACACUGAGCACUCUCACUGAGAAAACCUCCAGCAGUGAACCCACCCUGAUGGAGGAGGAGUUUCAGAGACUCCCCAGCUAUAAAAACUGGAGGACAUCGAACACCGGGAUCACAGAGGAGAACAAGAAGAAGAAUCGCUCCUCAUCUGUCAUCCCAUAUGACUACAACCGAGUGUUGCUGAAGCUCGAUGAAGGACGUAGUCACGAUAGUGACCCCGAUGAGGAGGAAGAAGAAGACUCAUCAGAUGAGGAGGAUGAGGAGUCCACUAAAUACAUCAAUGCCAGCCAUAUAGAUGGAUACUGGGGCCCACGCACCUUAAUCGCAGCACAAACUCCAGUGCCAGACACCAUGGCUGAUUUCUGGACGAUGGUUUACCAGAAGAGAGUAUCUGCUAUUGUCAUGCUCUCAGACUGCAGUGAAGGAGACAAGGAGUCAGACUGUGUCUACUGGGAUAAUGACAAGAAAACAUUUGGAGAUUUUGAGGUGGAGGUAGCAAGCACGGACACCUCCCCAACUUUCAUCAUCCGCAACAUGCUGAUCCGCCACGUUAAAAGGAAAGAGAGUCGGCCGGUGAAACAGUUCCAGUUCCUGAAGUGGGCGAGCGGGGAGCUGCCGGAGAAACCUCAAGAUUUCACAGACAUGAUCAAGGACAUAAAGCACAGCAGUGGCAGCAGCAAAGCACAGAGGAACACGCCUGUUGUGGUCCACUGCAAUGAUGGCUCAUCCCGUUCAGGGGUUUUCUGCGCGCUGUGGAACCUGCUAGACAGUGCUGAGACCGAGAAGCUGGUGGAUGUUUUCCAGGUGGUCAAAACCCUUCGCAAAGAGAGACAGGGCAUGCUCUCCAAUCUGGAACAGUACCAGUUCUUGUAUAAUGCCCUGGAGGGAGUCUUCCCUGUCCAGAAUGGGGAAGUGAAAGCAGCACACGCCCCUGCAGCCGACUCCAUUCAAGUGGUCAAUGAAACCAACGCAGCAGAGGAAGAGGCUGAGCAGCCAGCCAGCACUACCAGUAACAACCAGCAGGGGGCGGCAGCAGAGAGCACUCCUCUGGUGGCUGAUGGAGAGAAGGAAAAUAAAAAAGAGGAGCCUGAAAAAGUUUCCAGUCCCACAGAGACGACACCGUUGGAGGGCAGCGACAACAGUGCCACUGUCACUGUGGAGGUGUGAGGGCCCUGGAAGGUGGAUGUCUGUCUUUUACAGUUGAGAAUAAGCGCUUUGGUUAAAUGCUUUUCUUUUAAUUAUUUUAUGAUUGUAUGAACAUUGUAAAGCUUUAACAUGGUGUUAUUUUUGGUUGAGAUUUGUCAGAGAAUUUGAGCAAAUAUUUUGAUGUCAAUUUCCAAAAAGAAAUAUCUGAUUUUUACUAAGUUAUAAAUAUUUUAGAAUUAAAAGUGUAUGGAUACAAAUACUUUUUGAACUGCAGUUUACAAGACAUGCUGUUGUCAAACUAGGUGCCAUGGUGAGAGACUCAAUUUUAAACAGAUGCCUUCUUGUUUUGUAUUCUUCUAUGAGUGCAUGUUGAGUUUUCAUUAGUUUCAGUAUUCUUUCUCCCUUAAUAAACAGAUGAUGUCAUCUACAUUUAUAUACCCAUGGCAUAUUUUUAUAAUUAAGUUGUUAAGUUCAAAAUUUGUGAGACAGUGUCUUUUCAUUAAAAUGGACUUAUAUUGAGA